AUGCUAGCUAUCAGUGUAAUAUAUCCGACAUUAAACUAUCUGGGUUCAGCAUCGGAUGCAGAGCAAAACGGCAUCUCCGAACAAUCGGGAUUCCAUUUGGCCACCGGGUACCAAAAUCUGAAGUGGCAACCAGACCAGUACAUUCCUGCGGUCUAA